AUGUCUGGGAGAAAAUUGGGAAGUAAGAAAAUAAACCUGGAAUAUCUGGGAUUCCAGAGGACUGGGAGGAAGGACACGUCCGAGCUGUCCGAGUCAGCUGACGGCUCUUCCCACGUGGAGGGGAAUUCCUUGGAAUCUGCCAGCAGGGAAGCCUAUUUCAGCAGGGUGGAAACCUUCACCAUAUCCUUUGGGAUGCUCCCCCUUGGAAUGCCCCACAGGGAUCAAACCCGGCCCCUGCCCCUACCCAGGACAUCCCCAAAUCCCUGGGAGCCUCACUUUGCCCUGUUGCCGCUGGACGAGCCGCGCCUGCUCCUGCGGGAAUUCCAGGAGCGCUUCCAGAGGCUGUGGCGGCUGGAGCUGCAGCUGCCACGCCUGGCCCCGGAGCAGCUGGACAGCCUGGCGCUGUCGGAGGACACGCUCGGGCUCCUCCUGGAGCUGCUGGAGGAGGAUCCGGAGCCCCCCCGGGAAGGGGAGAAGCCCCCCGGGCCGUUUUCCAAGGAAAGCCCGCAGGGCCACGUGGUUCCUGCCUGUGUCCUGGCGCUGUGCGGCUGGGAUUGCAGUGCCAGCAGCUCCCCGAGCCUGCCGGUGAUCUCCUGCUCCCACUGCAUGAGGAAGGUGGGGCUCUGGGCCUUCCACCAGCUGGAAUCUGCGGCUCCGGAGCCGGAUCCCGCCCCGGCGCCCUCAGAGCGUGUCCCGCCCGCUGCCACGUCCCCCAUGUCCCCGUCCCCCGUGUCCCUGUCCCCCAUGUCCCCACGCAGGAUCGGCACCCGCAGCCAGGACACCCUCCCGCCCACGGCAGAGCAGGAGAAGAGCCCGUCCCCGUCCGUAUCCCGGCCCGUCUCCCGGGACUCUGGCGGCUCCCUGGAGCGGGGGGAGCUGGAGGCGGCGGUUCCCGCUCUGCGGAGCCGGCCGGUGACGCGGAGCAUGGGCCAGGGGGACCCGGUGACGCGGAGCAUGGGCCAGGGGGACCCGGUGACGCGGAGCAUGGGCCAGGGGGACACGGCGGAGGUGCCGUCCAGCCCCGUGCGCAGGGCCAAGCGGGCGCGGCUCUGCUCCUCCGGAGGCUCGGACGCUUCCCCCAGGAGCUUCUUCCAGCCCAGCUCCCAGCACCGGGCCUGGUGUCCCUGGGUGAGCAGCGGGGCGGGACAGGAGUGCCUGGAGGAUGCCGCGUCCCAGCCGGAGAAGCCCGGGAAGGCGGAGCCGGGCUGGAAAAUGGUGCUGAACGCCCUCCUGGGCACCCGCGGGGGCGACACGGUGCCCGACACGGAGCCGGUGAGCCUCUCAGAGAAGUCCUGCAAGGUGUUCCGCAUCUUCCGGCAGUGGGAGAGCAUGAACUCCUCCUGAGCUCCUCCUGGAUUCCUCCUGGAUUCCUCUGCCUCUG